AGAGAGAGAGAGAGAGAGAGAGAGAGAGAGAGAGAGAGAGAGAGAGAGAGAGAGGGAGAGAGAGAGAAAGGCUAACCAAUAGCUGGAAAAAUUGAAAAUAGAAUAAAGAUGACAUGCAAAAAAAGCACAGUAAUAAAUUUGAUAUUCCUUAGUGCUGUUGGUUACUAUAGUCUAUGGAGAUUUUUGCCAUCUUAUGCAACUCAUUACCACAACCCGAAGCCGGUUUACAAUCCUGUCAUAACCCCUCACAUUAAUCUACAUUCCACUGCGCCUGCAAGGAUGUCUGGAAAACAUCUGAGCUGGAAAGGAAGUGUGGUGGAAGGGGUAAUGGCGUCAAGUGGAGAAAACGCAUCCCACUGGAGCAAAGUGAUGUCUACCCGGCAGCAGAGAAUAAAAGAAGUUUGCAGUCGGCAUCGCAACAUUCUAAGAAGAUUCUUAAACCAUAAUAGACUUCUUUUUGACACCAGACACCACCUGGCAUACUGUAGGAAUGCCAAGGCAGGCACAACAAGUUGGCUGAGCAUCCUUCUAACAUGGGCAGGAAUGAAUGUACAAGGCAUGGACCCUGAAAAGAUUCAUGAAGUUGCAAUGGAAAUCUUCCCUAAUCUCGGUCCAAAAGAAGCUGCCGCCGAGAUGAAUGCCCCUGCUUUCACUUUCACUGCUGUCAGACAUCCAUUUACAAGAUUAGUGUCUGCAUACAAGGACAAAAUGGUUGAAAAUUACAGAAUGGACGUGCAAGAAAACAUCAUAUCAAAAUACCGUGUGAAUAACAACGUACCAUCGGACUUGCAUACAAAUGUAACCCAAGAUCAAAACGAACUAAAACAAAUAUCUAAGCUUACAGGAUUCUCUUGGAAAAACAUUGUCAGGCUGCAAAAAAAAUACUCCUUUUUCCAGUCACUGAAAAACACAGAUAAUAUAUCUAUACUUUAUUCAGAUUUGUCCAUUCCAACAUUUCGUGAAUUUGCGUUGUAUGUCAGUGACCAGAUCUUGAAAUGCAGCCUCCUGGUAAAUUCCGCAUGUCUUGAAUCAGUCGAUGUCCACUGGCAACCUUUCUUCAAUCGCUGUGCUCCUUGUGACAUUAAAUAUAAAGCCAUUGUAAAAGUUGAAACAUUCAGUGAAGACCAACAACACAUCCAGCAGUUGAUGGGGCUUCCAGACCCCCCCCAGUUCCCUGAAGAAAGCACCAUAAACAAACACGCCAGUGCCGGCCCUUCUACCAACAGCCUGACGAAGCUGUAUUUUUCCCAGAUGACUCCCUGGGAAAGAAUUAGGGUUUAUCUUGCCUAUUACUAUGAUUUUCAGUUAUUUGGCUAUUCUCCUGAUGACAUUGUUUGAAAACAACUUUUCUCACUGGCAUCAAGGAACUGGCAUUUAGGUGAAAUGCUUGUCCUGAGUACCAUGAAACUUUGUACCUGAAUUUUAAUAAUAAACAGUUCAAAUAGCA